UUUACUUGUGUAUUACAUGUUAUUUGGCGUGAUUCCGUGUUAUUUUUUAUUACAAAAGUUAAAAGAUGAUGAGUCGUAAAAGACGAGCUAGUUCUAUUUCUAGUAAGCAGGAUGAGGAUCCCUUACAAAUGGAUGAUUCAACCCCGGAGCAAUCUCCAGUUCUACAAACUUCCGUACGCAAAAAACGUCGGCCAGACCCAAGUGAAUUGUGCCAGCAGCUGUACGAUUCAAUACGAAGCAUUAAAAAAGAAGAUGGCGCUUCAUUGUGCGACACAUUUAUACGUGCACCAAAAAGACGCCAGGAGCCCUCUUAUUACGACAUAGUAACGAAUCCUAUUGAUUUACUGAAAAUUCAACAGAAAUUAAAGACAGAUUCUUACGACGAUAUAGAUGAUUUGAUGCAAGAUUUCGAACUUCUGGUGAAGAAUGCGAAAGCAUUCUACAAGUCGGACACUGUUGAGCAUCAGGAUGCCCAAUCACUUUGGCAGUAUAUUCUGAUGAAUAAACAUAGAAUAUUGGAUUCAAAUGGUAUAGUUGAAGAUGAACCAAAAACGAAACGUCUCUGCCGCAAUCCUAGACGGUUGACUGGAUCCACCAGUAACAAUGGUUCAGUCGAAGUAGAUAACGAACCAACACGACUCGAUGAGGAUAUAAAUCCCUACGAAGAACUUUUUGCCGUUGUUAUGAACGCAGUGGACGCUACCAUGAAUGAUCGACCGCUUCAUCGGAUGUUUCUUUUAUUGCCUUCUAAAAAAAUGUAUCCUGAUUAUUAUGAUGUCAUUGAACACCCAAUAGAUUUAAGAUUAAUAGCUACUAAAAUUCAAAUGAAUGCUUAUUCGAACCUUGUUGAAAUGGAACGCGAUCUUUUACAAAUGACAAAGAAUGCUUGUCAAUUUAAUGAGCCCGGUUCACAAAUCUAUAAGGAUGCAAAAACUCUAAAACGUCUUUUCACGCAAAGACGCAUGGAAAUUGAUAGUGGUAAAAUUAAACCAUCACGUCGCGUCAAAACUUUAUCAAGUGCUGCAAUUUCGGCUAUGAAGGAAGAAGUUGAUAGUUCUGAUGAUGAAGAAACAAGCAAAAAAGGUGAAGGACCGAUGUGGGCACUUUUUGAUCAUUUAUAUAAUGCACCUGGUUCUUCGGAGCAUCCUGGAGCAACAGGUCCUCCAUUGGGUACGUCAUUAUGGAAAUUGCCGGUACGUCGUUUUCAUCCAGAGUACUUUGAACUCAUUAAAUAUCCGAUAUCAAUGUGUCAAAUACAUACUAAACUGAAAAAAGGAGAUUACGCAAACAUCAGCGAUCUUACCGCUGAUCUCUGUCUUAUGUUAGACAAUGCAAAAAAAGCAUUUCCAUCAACACAUCGUACGCACAAGGAUGCCGUGAAGAUGUUAAAAAUAAUGAAUACAAAGUUAGUUGAAGAGUCGUUGGAACCGGAAACUAGCGACAUGGAUGAUGACGGUGAUAUUGAUGGAGAUGCGGAGGAUACAUUGUUAAACAAUCGUGAUACACCACGUGAAAAGAAAAAAGGGCGUCCGCGUAUUAAUUCUAAUAAUACAAGUGCGCCCAAUACACCUAUCAGUAAUUCACCAAAGGCAAGUAGGAUUCCGAUAAACGCCGUCAUAAAGAAAAAAAUUUUGAGCAUACAAAGGUAUUUGGUUGAUUUUACUAUUGGAAAUCGAAAGCCCAUUGACUUGUUUAUGGAGAAACCACCUAGAAAAAUUUAUCCCGACUACUAUGACAUUAUACAAAAUCCCAUUGACAUGAAUACAAUUGAACACAACAUACGUUGUGAUAAAUAUGCCACAGUAGAAGAUGUAGUUGCAGAUUAUCGACUUAUGUUUUCGAAUUGUAGACAAUAUAAUGAAGAGGGAUCCACAAUUUAUGAAGAUGCGAAUAAUUUGGAAAGAGCAUUGAAUGAAAAACUACGAGAAUUCCCUGGUUUAGCAGACAUUAAAAAACCGCCACAAAAAUUGGGUAAACCCAGUGGUCGUAGAAAGACUGUUGUUGUUGAUAAAUUGUGGCAAUUUUAUGAGACCAUACGAGAAUAUCAAGAACCAAAAGGCAAGCGACAACUGUCUUUAAUAUUUACAAAGCUUCCAUCAAAAAAUGAGUAUCCAGAUUACUAUGACAUUAUUAAGGAACCAAUCGAUAUGGAGCGUAUAGCGCAAAAGUUAAAGCAAGCUAGUUACGAGAGCGUAGAUGAGUUGGCGGCUGACUUUUUAUUGAUGCUUGAAAAUGCUUGCAAGUAUAAUGAACCAGAUUCACAGAUAUACAAGGACGCCCUUGUAUUACAGCAAUUGACACUCCAAUUAAAACAAAGCUUAAGAAAUGAGCAAUCAUCCACACCAGAUGUAUCACUAGCUGUACAAGAAUUGUUUCUGAGUUUGUUUACUCAGUUAUACAAUCACCAAGAUGAGGCAGGAAGAUGCUAUUCUGACUCUUUAGCUGAAGUGCCGGAGUAUGAUGAAAUUGCUGAUGGUAACGGUAAAAUGAGUAAAAUUCGAGGUAUCUCUCUGGAUUUGAUAAAACGCCGUUUAGAUAAGCUGACAUAUAAGCGGUUAGAUGUUUUUCAAGAAGAUAUUUUUUCAUGUCUCGAAAGAGCUCGACGUUUAUCCCGAACGGAUUCCGACGUAUUCCAGGAUUCAAUUGAACUCCAGUUGUUCUUCAUUAAAAAGCGUGAUGAAUUGUGCAAAGAUACAUUCAGUUCACCAGCACUACUCUACACUGUAGAAAAUUUACUUGCGGAGGUAGAAGUAAUGCGUCAACAGAAAGUUGCACAAGAAGAUCAAGACCAGGAAGACAAGGACGAUUUGGAUACGGCUGCAAUGCAAGGUGAAAGUAUGACCAUAAAUCAGAAAGUAUUUUCGCCUGGAGACUUUGUGUACUUUCAACUACCGGAGAACAAAAUUCCCAGCAUUGCAUACAUUGAGCGCCUUUGGACAACAGCAGAUAAUGUGAAGUGGAUGCAUGGAUCAGUUUUCUUGCGGCCACAUGAAACAUACCAUGUUACAACGCGAAAAUUUCUCGAAAUGGAGGUAUUUAAAAGCAGUGUUUCUCAGACGAUUCCAAUGGACAAGGUACUUGGCAAGUGUUAUAUAAUGCACAUCAAAGAUUAUAUUAAAAUGCGUCCAGAAGGUUAUGCCGAUAAGGAUGUAUUUGUUUGUGAAUCAAGAUAUAAUGGUCGCGCACGUUGUUUCAAGAAAUUCAAAAUAUGGCCUUUUGUACGUGAGAACGAUCCCGUUCGUUUUGUUCCCAGAGAUGAGCCAUUAGAGCUGAAACGAGUUAUGUCGGUAUUUAAAGAACGCAUUGAGAAGCACAAAGGUGAAUUGGAAGAGCUUAAGUUACAAGAAACAUUGGUGGAAAAGGAAAAACCAAAUGUAAUAUGCGAUACUCUACCUAUAAAUUCGGAACCGAACAGUGUUUACUAUCAGCAAUUUAACACGAUUUGCAGUGGUGCCGUUAAAAUCGGUGAUUUCGUAUACGUGGCUACCCAAAGUGGAAAGCAGUCGAUUGCACAAAUUCAUCAAAUAUGGGAAAGUGGUAGCAAAUCAUACUUCAAAGGACCCUGGCUCUUGACCCCAAGCGAGAUAGUAUCGCCAUCAAAUAAACAAUACUAUCGUCAAGAACUUUUAUUGUCGACCGUUGAGGACAUUAGUCCAUUAAUCGCCAUUGUUGGGCGCUGUGCUGUUUUGGAAUAUAUCGAUUACAUAAGUAGUCGUCCCACUGAGAUUCCAGAGUGCGAUGUCUACAUUUGUGAGUCUGUUUACGACGAACUACGAAAAUCAUUACGUAAACUCAACACACCUGGCGGUUUACGGAAAUUUCAACAUAGUCCUGAAGUAACACAGGAUGAGAUAUUUCAUUUUAAAACUCAUUUGAAGCCUAUCAGAGAUGUUAAGGGGGCUGAAGCUCAGGAAAACUUGGCUUUGAUGGAAGACUCAUUAGAUGGUAAUCCACCGUCGGUCAGUUCGGAUAUAGCGGCAAUAUCGUCGCCAGCUCCUUCGGUAUCUUCCACACCGAUAUCGUCGAAAGUAAAGAAUAAAACAACUAAAAAGAGUCUUACUGGUUAUAUUCUCUAUUCAAGUGAAGUGCGUAAAGGAAUUAGUCAGAGCAAUCCAGAUGCUUCGUUCGGUGAUAUUUCACGUAUGGUGGGCACGGAAUGGAAGAAUUUACCAGCUAGCGUCAAACAGAGUUGGGAGGAUCGUGCUUCACGCUUAAAUGAGGAGUCAGCUGCCCGCCGGGAAAUAGAUGAAAGUUUGAAUUGUGCAGGUGGUGCGGUAAGCGGUAGCCCAGGACCCAAUGAUCAGCAGAAUGGUCAUAUAUAUGAAUGUCUAUGGGAUAAAUGUGAUUAUCAAUUUGAAGAUGCUGUCGACUGCAUGGAACAUUGUAUUCAAGAUGGCACUGGCCACAUUCAAAGAACUGCCAUGCAAGGCAACGAUACUGAAUUCACUUGCUUAUGGCGCGGAUGUAUACGCAUGAAGAAAAACAUGCAGGCGUUUCCGUCAUUAUUGCGUCUCAUCAAGCAUGUCCGGGAGGUACAUUUAAGCAAGGGCGGUAAAAUUCUACUUCCAAAUGAACGAAGCAAAAAUUUUGUGCCGAGAAAAAAUCAAAAAACUACACAAGUUAUUCAACUAAAUACACAAUCACAUCAAGUACAACAAGCAGUUAUGUCACCUCGAGGAGGCACCGUCAAUGGAGUAGAGAAUGGUGCGGCUUCGCAGUAUCCAAUGCAAGGUUUGGGACCACCGCCAGAACCAAUGUUUGUAACGGUGCCACCAAGGCCUCAACGCGUUUUGCAUUCCGAGGCAUAUAUUAAAUAUAUUGAAAAUUUGCAAAAUACUUCGAGUGCUCCACAGAAGCCUACAUGGAAGACUGCAGUGAAGAUGGCAACACCAUCCAAUGUUACCACUAAGCCGGGUACUGCAUUACCCACCAACUGGUUGGGAAGAUAUGCUGAGGGAAAUACUGAAGAUGUUGUUACAGCACUGUGUCAUUUACGCAAUUUCAUGAUGGACGAUGCACUACAGAUUCAGCGUGGUUGCUACUAAGUACAUUAACGUUACAUAUUGCUCAUUAAUAUUUCCUCAUUUGACUAUAAAAACACCAUUACCACUCAGAUACACAUAUGUAUAUAAUAUUGUAAUUAUAUACAUAUUUGAAUAUAGGCGAUUAAGAAAAUAUUGUUCCCAAUCACAUUUGUGCACAAGUAGAUUUCUUUCGCCUAUUUUUGUAAUCAGAAUGAUUUUCAUUUGUGUUUUAUUCAACAAAUCGCAAUUUGACAUAUAUAAAUACAUAUAUAGCAUAUUCAUAAAAAUUAACUUAUACUAUAUAUAGACAUGGUUAGUACCUAUUACACUUUGAUAUUGACAAUUUCUGCUUAUUCAAAUCUUUACUAUAACCGAUAUUUGCACAUUGGUCAAUAUGUAAUUUAUACAUACUCCGUAUACCGUCAGCUAAGAACUCCAGAAAUAUUAAUCUAAUGAAUGUAUGACUUUCGCCAAGGCAUCAAAAUGUGACAAUGAAAUAUAUAAUUAUGUAAAGGAAAA